UUGAAGAAUAGGUCCCCACAUGAAAAUUUUCUCGUGAAUAUGAAGAAGAAACCCAAACACCCACAAAAAGUUAACCAAAAAAAAAAAAAAAAAAGUGCUGACAGAAUCAAGUCUUUCUCUUUCUGCCCUGCCAAAACCCUCUGUUAUUUAGUUCUUCAAGCAGGGUUUUUGUAGGGUUUUAUCUCUUUUGGGAUUUCUGAAAUGGGUUCUUUGGAAAAUGGAGAGGAGAGAGAAAACAAAGAAGAAUUUGGGGAUGAAGGUGACCCCAUUUUAAUGGAAAAUUCUCAGAGGUUUUGUAUGUUCCCUAUUCGUUAUAAUCAACUCUGGGAGAUGUACAAAAAGGCAGAGGCUAGUUUUUGGACUGCUGAGGAGGUUGAUCUUUCCAAUGAUGUGCAGCAGUGGGAUGCUCUAUCAGAUUCAGAAAAACAUUUCGUAACUCAUGUGCUGGCCUUUUUUGCUGCAUCCGAUGGGAUUGUUCUGGAGAAUCUUGCUGCAAGAUUUUUGAAUGAUGUCAAAGUUGCAGAGGCUCGCGCUUUCUAUGGAUUUCAAAUAGCAAUGGAGAACAUACAUUCUGAGAUGUACAGCUUGUUGUUGGAGACAUAUAUUAGGGACUCAAAAGAGAAGACCCACUUGUUCAAUGCCAUUGAGACAAUCCCAUGUAUAAUAAAGAAGGCCAACUGGGCUUUAAAAUGGAUUAUGAGUUCAAAUUCUUUUGCAGAAAGACUUGUUGCAUUUGCUUGUGUUGAAGGGAUCUUUUUCUCCGGAAGCUUUUGUGCCAUAUUUUGGCUUAAAAAGAGAGGGUUGAUGCCUGGUUUGACAUAUUCAAACGAGCUUAUCUCGAGGGAUGAAGGCCUCCACUGUGACUUUGCCUGUCUUCUCUACAGUUUGUUGCGUAAAAAGCUGCUGCCAGAAACAGUUGAAAAGAUUGUGCAUGAAGCUGUUGAAAUUGAGAUAGAGUUUGUAUGUGAAGCACUCUCAUGCAAUUUGAUUGGCAUGAAUGUUGUGCUAAUGGAGCAAUGCAUAAAAUUUGUUGCAGAUCGACUUCUGGUUGCUUUGGGAAACCAAAAGAGAUACAAUGCAGAAAACCCUUUCGAUUGGAUGGAGUUCAUAUCACUGACGGGCAAAGCUAACUUCUUUGAGAGAAGAGUGGGUGAGUAUCAGAAGGCUUCUGUCAUGUCUAAUCUAAAGGAUGGUAACAAGAACUAUGUCUUCAAGCUAGAUGAAGAUUUUUAGGAGCAUUUCAGUUGUCAACAAUUGUGUUUAUUUUGGGAAGAGGAUCCGAUUUUAGAGGGUAUUAUUCUUCUUGUUUGUACUCCCUCUUUUUCUUUAAUUGCUACAUUUGCCUUAUAUGGUUGUGUAGCAAUUAAAUAAAAUUAGAGGGAGUAGUAGUAAGUAAUAGAACACCAUAUAUUUGUUGCUAGUGGAGUGAAACCAAGCUGUCUACUAUUUAUUCGGAUGUGUAAACCUUUUGGAUAUUUGAUAGAUGUACAUACCAGUGCAGCAGUACUUUGGUUUGAGCAGUUGAGCUUAGCUUGGAAUAUUGCGGAUAAGGCAAAAAAAUUGUAUAUGUUGUUUUUAGGGUUUAAUUUGAUAAAAAAACUAAUAUGUGGUGCACACUAACUUAGUGUACACCUUAUCCAUCUCA